UCGUUGCUAUGAAUAGUGUGAGUACCAGCAUCUCCAGGUGCUCCUUUGAGAACCAGGACAAAAAGGUUAUGUGCACACCUUAUGGUGCUGUUUAGACAUAUCCCUGUGUUUAACCUCCGUAUUUCCCACUCACCUGCGCUCUCUGAUCACUGACGUCGCAAAUGAAAAGUAAAAGUAAAUGUUUAGCGUUUAACUUAUCUCUUUGACAAUUUUAAGAAGUCGAUAGGCUACCUUAACAUACCGGUGUCAGGUGUGGAGAUCAGAUUGAUCAGAUCCACAUCUGCAGCUCCAUCAUGGAUCAAACACAAUCAACAGAUGAAGAUUUUUCUCCAGAAUGCAGUUCAGUUCAUCGGAAGAGAUCAGAUCCAGAGUCCAGCUGUGUAUCUAUAAAGAGUGACCAGUCUAUGGAUCAGCCAUUAAACAUUAUAUCUGAAGAAAAACGGCCAGCUCUCAAUUCAGUUCAUCAAAAGAGAUCAGAUCCACAGUCUAGCUGUGUGUCUAUGAAGAGUGACCAGUCAAUGGAUCAGCCAUUGAACUUUAUAUCUGGAGAAAAACAGCCAGCACUUAAGGUAAACCACUCAGCCGGACCAAUCACAGAACCUGACAAGUCAGAGAGUCAGCCACAGGACUUCAGUGACAACAUAGGUCCUGGAUUCAGCCACGAAUCUGAAGUCCUCAACACAUUUAGAUUAAGUCUAAGUAAAAGGUAUCAGUGUGUGUUUGAGGGAACAGCAAAGCAGAGAAACCCAACACUACUGAAUGAGAUCUACACAGAGCUCUACAUCACAGAGAUUAAAAGUGGAGAGAUUAGUAAUGAACAUGAGGUGAGACAGAUUGAGACACAAUCCAGAAGAACAACAACAGAGGAGACAGCAAUAAAAUGUAAUGAAAUCUUUAAACCUUUACCUGAACAACACAAACACAUCAGAAGUGUGCUGACAAAGGGAGUUGCUGGCAUUGGAAAAACAGUCUCUGUACAGAAGUUCAUUCUGGACUGGGCUGAAGAGAAAGAGAAUCAGGACGUCCACCUCAUAUUUCCACUUCCUUUCAGAGAGAUCAAUUUGAUGAAGGACACAACACACAGUCUUUUAGAUCUUCUUCAUCUUUUCUUCCCAGAGACAAAAGAAAUGGAAAUCUUCAGUGAUAAAUAUAAAGUGUUGUUCAUCUUUGAUGGUUUGGAUGAGUGUCGUCUGUCUCUGGAUUUUCACAGCAGUGUGAGGUUGUGUGAUGUAAGUGAAUCAAGCUCAGUGGACGUGAUGCUGACAAACCUCAUCAAGGGGAAUCUGUUUCCCUCUUCUCUCAUCUGGAUCACCUCCAGACCAGCAGCAGCUGAUCUCAUCCCCUCUGAGUGUGUUGAUCGAGUCACAGAGGUACGAGGCUUCAGUGAUCCACAGAAGGAGGAAUACUUCAGGAAGAGAAUCAGUGAUGAGAGUCUGUCUGAUCAAAUCAUCUCACACCUGAAGUCAUCCAGGAGUCUCUACAUCAUGUGUCACAUCCCAGUCUUCUGCUGGAUUUCAGUCACUGUUCUAGAGAGAAUGUUGAGUGAAGCAGAAAGUCAAGAGAUCCCAAAGACUCUCACUCAAAUGUACACACACUUCCUGAUCCUUCAGACAAACAUCAAACAUCAGAAGGACUAUGAGAAGAAAGUGAAGGAUGAAGACAUGAUCUUCAGACUGGGUAAACUGGCAUUUGAGCAGCUUGUGAAAGGCAAUGUGAUCUUCUAUGAUGAAGACCUGAUAGAGUGUGACAUUUAUGUACCAGAAGCAUCAGUGUACUCAGGAUUGUGUACUCAGAUCUUCAGAGAGGAGUUUGGUUUUUAUCAUGGGAAAGUUUACAGCUUUGUUCAUCUGAGCAUUCAGGAACAUCUAGCAGCUCUAUAUGCUCACCUCUGCUUUAUUAACAACAGAAAUGUGUUUGAUCAAAUUAAACCGACUCGAAGAGGGAAGCAUUUAUUAUAUUAUCUGUAUUUGAGGGUUAAAGAUGAGAUUUCAAUACCUGAAGUGUUUCAGAGUCGUAAAAAUAAGAAUUCUCUCCCUGAUCUGCAUCAGAGAGCUAUAGAUGAGGCUCUACAGUGUAAAAAUGGACGCUUUGAUCUUUUUCUUCGUUUUCUUCUGGGUUUGUCACUGGAGUCCAAUCAGAAUCUCAUACAAGGUCUGAUGACACAGACAGAUCGCAGCUCUCACAGCAAUGAGAAAACAGUUGAGUAUAUCAAGAAGAAGAUCAGGAGCAUUCAAUCUCCAGAGAAAUUCAUCAAUCUGUUUCACUGUCUGAAUGAACUGGGUGAUCAUUCACUAGUAAAGGAAAUCCAACGCUAUCUGAAAUCUGGAACAAUCUGUGUAGCCAAACUCUCUUCAUCUCAGUGGUCAGCUGUAGUUUUUGUGUUGUUGACAUCAGAACAGGGGCUGAACGAAUUUAAUCUAAAGGAUUUUGUUAGCAUAGAAAACAAAGUUGAAACACUGAAAGUUCUUCAGAAGCUGUCGCCUGUGAUUUGUGAAUCCAGAACAGUUCAGUUGAGGUGUUGUAAUAUCACAGAUGAAGGUUGUGCUGCUCUGUCUUCAGCUCUGAGAUCAAACCCAUCACACCUAAAAGGACUAGAUCUGUCUAAUAAUAAUCUUGGAGAUUCAGGAGUGAAGCUGCUCUCUGAUGUACUGAAGAAUCCUCACUGUAAAGUGGAGAUACUGGAAUUGAGGGAUUGUAACAUCACAGCUGAAGGUUGUGCGGCUCUGUCUUCAGCUCUGAGAUCAAACCCAUCACACCUGAGAGAUCUGGAUCUAUCUCAGGAUAAUCUAAGUGAUUCAGGAGUGAAGCUGAUCUCUGAUGUACUGAAGAAUCCUGACUGUAAACUGGAGAAACUUUGGUUGUAUGAUUGUAAAAUCACAGCUGAAGGUUGUGUUCCUCUGACUUCAGCUCUGACAUCAAACCCAUCACACCUGAUAGAACUUAAUCUGUCUGUGAAUAAAUUUGGAGAUUCAGGAGUGAAGCUGAUCUCUGCCGUACUGGAGAAGCCUGAAUGUAAACUGGAGAAACUGUGGUUGAGUUUCUGUAAUAUCACAGCAGAUGGUUGUGUUGCUCUGUCUUCAGCUCUGAGAUCAAACCCAUCACACCUGAGACAUCUGGAUUUGUAUGAGAAUAAUCUAGGAGUUUCAGGAAAGAAGCUGCUGUCUGAUCUGAAGAAUGAUCCACUAUAUAAAAUAGAGAAACUAUUCUGGUAGAUAUCGGUCUGAUCUUCAGUUGAUGAAGAAUAAGAUUCUACCAAGAUGUGCAGUCCACACAAUGAACAGAAUGAAGACAAAGUGACGUGUGUGUGUUUGUACAUGUAAUAGUGGGGACGUUUGUGUCCCUGACUGUGACUCAGAAGUGGACAAUUGGGGGCCGGUUGCAUAAACAUAGGCGGUAAGUUAAGACUGUGUCUUAACCCUCCUAUUAUGUUUGGUGUCAAAUUGACCCCAAAGCUGCUUUGACAUCUCUGAAAAAUAUGCUAAUUGUGUUUUUAAACCUUUAAACCUACUUUUUGACUUGAAGUUACUUUUAGUCACUCUGGAUCAAAGUGUCUUCCAAGUAUAAAUGUACAUACAGUACAAACAGUGUUCCUGAUCUAAUGAGUGUUUACUAUUAAUAUAUGAAAAACUGGUAAAACUGUUCUCAAAUAAAAUAAACGUUACCUGUACAUAUUGUUUCAUUACUACUUUUAUUUUUUUACUAAAUAUACACUAAAUAUAAUAUAUAUAAUAUAUUAUCGAACGAUAGUUGCUCUUUAAUAUAUGCAGAAUUUAUACAAAACCAAAAACACUCCCUGACAAAAGUCUUGUCGCUUAUCUAUUUUGUAGAAACACCUGCUAUUAACCUGACUUUUAAUUAAUCAAUUGGUGUUAGAAAUAGCUCAUAUGAAAAGCUAAAACCCUCCCAAAUGAUGUUUAAUGCACUGAAAUGAAUUAGUUUCACUAAAAUAUUUUUUAUCAUUUAAUUAAGACAGAAAGGUCAAAUUUUGGCAAGACAAAAGUUUUGUCGCCUAUACAGAAAUUGAACAAAUUUACUGCAAAUACAAAAAUAUUUCAGCAAAUUCAGUAGUGGUGCUGUGAGAUCCAAAUUUAAUAUCUUGUAUGACUUCCAUGAGCUUGAAGGACUGCAUCCAUGCGGUUUGGCAAGGAUUCAUACAAUGUAUUGAUGAAGUCAUCAGGAAUAGCAAAGAAAGCAGUCUUGCAUGCCUCCCAGAACUCAUCAAUAUUCUUUGGUUUCGUCUUCCAUGCUUCCUCUUUCAUCCUACCCCACAUAUGCUCAACGAUGUUCAUGUCUGGUGACUGGGCUGGCCAAUCCUGGAGCAUCUUGAUCUUCUUCGCCUUGAGGAACUUUGAUGUGGAGAUGGAACUAUGCGAUGGAGCACCAUCCUGGAAUAUAAGAGGUAGCUAAGAUUUCUUGGUAUUUUAGACUAUUGAUGUUGCCUUCACCCUGCAG